AUGGCUGAUCGAACUGCCCCCGAGGCGAAACCAAAAUGUACUCCGGCCGAGCUCAUGUUGAAGGUCAUCCUGACGGGGACUUUGAGCCACUAUGAGACUCGCGGCAUGAUUGACGACAAACGCCUGGAACACAUGCUGUCAGCAGGGAAGUCGAUUUUGUACAAGACUCACCAGGAAAGCGAGGUUCGGCAUAACCUGGGCUUGUCACCGGAUAUUUGGCAAGGCUUUACCGAUGUACUGACCAAGGCAAUCCCGGUCUUAGAAUCACAGUCAUUUGCUUGGAAAUGUCCCCCGACCGCAAACUAUGACCACUCAUCCUCCAACCUAAUCGCCUAUAACUACUUUUCGCUUGUCAAAGACAUUGAACGCCUAAAUGACUUAUGCACCAUUGCCCGAAAUCUCCUGGCAACUACGAAAAAGGCACAGAAUAUGGCGGCAGAGAAGGGGUUCGAUCAGAGAAUCUUGGCGCUGGUAGAUACCUGUGUUAGAGUUACCGCGCGGGGCUUCGACGGAGAAACCAAUGCGAGAAAUGAGGAGCGCUGGCAGAAAGUGGUCAACCUUUACAAGAGACUGUUGAUUACCUGUCUCCAAUUCAUGCACAACUUUAUUAUGCACAACGAGCAGCGGAAGAUGGUCCUCUGGUUAGAUCUCUUCGGGUAUCAAUCUACAGGAGAUUCACAAAUCAUACAGCCCAAAGAACCGCUUGACCCAGCCUGUAGUCCGCCCGAGGGAGUGGCGCCAAUUGUAAAGACUGGCGAGCGAAUAGUCAAUCCGCCGAUAAGGGCUCUUUACGACCAGACAGCGGAGGACCUGCUGCUGGAGACUAUUUCCAACUUUCCGAGAGAGCCUGCGACGAUCAAGGAAGAAGCGGCAAUGUUGCUACUUGCCAAUAUCAAGGACCACAUGGAAAAGCUCCUGGGCCGCGAUCUGACAGCGAUCCAAGAAAUGGGCAAAGAUCCGGAACAAGUCAAGGAGAUUCGCGCAGCUCUUACCGCCAUACUCGGUGCCAAGGUGGAUGGAUGGUCAGACUUGAAUGACAGAGCUAAGGACCUGCCGCCUGCACUUCCAGAGGAUGAACCACCACGCAAGAAAGCCAUCAUCUCUAUCAAUCGCACUAUGACCGCCGGAUUCCCCCGCAUUUGCUGGUCUGAUCUUCCGGAUCUCAGCGAAUUCGGUGCUUUGGCGGGAGGCGACGCGGCCAUCAUGGACGAAGACACAAGCAUGCCACGAUCUGCGCAGUCUGCUGCUGAAACACUCCAAGAAGCGAAGGACGAGCUGAUGGCCCGUUUGCAAGAGUCAUCGCAACUGGGCGACGGUGAUGGUGACUAUGAUACAGGAGAUGCGGGGACAGUCGGCGAUGACGAUUCGCGUAGCCUGGACGCUGUUGCCGACGGCAGCAUUGAAGAGGACGAGGAAGACGACGAAGAGGAUGAAGAUGAUGAUGACGAUUAUAGAGGCCGACCCGGCGACCAGCAGCGUGGUUUGCUGACAGAUAUUCCGUUAGUUUUGGGCCCCGCGGAGAUAGAGGCCCUUCCGAUGAUCAUCCAGGCCGGUAUUGUAGAUAGCUUUGGACUCAAGGGUGGUGAGCGGACGGGAUCAAGGAAUAUGCAAUCCCUUCGCUGCCACAUCCUGCUCACCCAGGAAACAGGCCGGAAUCUCCUUCGGGAACUUUUGAUCUUCAUCGCUGCGUGGGACCUGCCUGACGACGAGCUCUACUUCAAAAUGAUGGUGCAGAUCAUGGACGCCGUGCUGCGAAAUGGUUUAAUGUCCCACGCCUACUCGGACUUCGGCCAGCCCAAGGACAUCAUCUCACCGGCGCAGGCAGUCGUCGUCAAAAUCCUCACUCAUAUUUUCCGAGCCAAAUAUUCUCCUGCCUCCGUUACCGGCUCAGCACAAAGCAAUACAACCAAGAACCCCGCGCCACUCUCGAGAGUUGACAUUCUAACGGUGCGCUACAUCUUCACCAUCUUCCGUGGCAAUAUCAUCCCGGAGACCUGCGCUUUGAUCUACCUCCAGGGGCAGAUCCGCGCAGGAAGAGCUCUUCCGGAGGACUUCCCGCUAAACUUAUGGGAUAUGGAACGUGUCUACGAAGGGGUUUAUCAGUUCCUCGAGUUCUUCGCUGUGCUCACUGAAAACAACGACUGGAAGAAUCUGCUAGUCAAGUGGGAGAUUGUCUAUGACCUAGUAACGUUGAUUAAGGAGCUGGAGGCCAGCAUUCCGAAGGGCCAGUUAAGCCAAAUGUCAUUCGGACGAAGCAACAGCCCUUCCAAGGAUUCCCAGCAUAGCGGGGCUCCGGGGCCAGUUGCGGUGGAACGCCCUUACGACCCUAGUGACCCGGAUCCCGCGGAUGCGGGAGCCGGGUCCAGGGCCGAGUCGCCUCCCAUCACCGAGGACCCGUCGGAAUUCGAAUGGCGGAAUCUCAAGAAGCUAGUGGUUCUUGUUCUCUCCUCCCUCGUUUGGAAGUGCCCCGACGUCCAAGAUCAGAUCCGUCGAUAUGGCGGUGUCGAGACUAUCCUGUCGUGCACCAACUUCGACGCGCACAACCCAUACAUCAAGGAGCACGCUGUCAUGUGUCUCAAGUUCCUCCUGGAGGGCAACCGCGAGAACCAAAGGCUUGUGGAAGAUCUGGAGGCACGGGAAGUUGUUAAGGACGACGGAGGACUGUUGGAGAGGAGCGGAUUCGAGGCGGUGAUUGACAAGACGGGCAAGCUGGCCAUCCGACCCAAGGAAGAAAAGAAAUGA